AUGGCCGAGUUCGACGACGGCAGCGAGUGCGCCAUCUGCAUGGAGCCGCUCGACGCGCGCGACGUCGUCGCGCUGCCCUGCGCCUGCGCCGUGGCUUAUUGUUUUCGCUGCUGGGACCGGGCCCUGGCGUCGUCGUUCAACGCGAGGGGCCAGGCGUCGUGCCCGACGUGCCGCGUCGCCGUCGACGUGGACUUUGACGCCGACGCGCGGGGCGGCGAGGGCGCGCUCGUCUUCUCCGUCGCGGCCGACGGCGGCGCGGCCGGCGCGGAGGACCCCGACGCCGCGCAGCACCGCGUCGAGUCCGUCGUGAACCGCCUCGCGGGCCAGGCCGCGCCGCUCAUGACGCGGCGACUCCGGCGCUACGGCGAGGACCACGGGGAAUUGCGGCCCGCGGCGGCGGACGUCGGCGCGUACCUGAAGGGGCUCGGCGUCAAACGACUAAAGGCGCUCGCGGCGGCGUCGGGCCUCGACCCCGGCGCGUACCUCGAGAAGGCGGAGCUCGUCGCGGCCGUGCGGGCCGCGCACGGCACCGACGGCGCCGCGGCGGCCUUCGCG